AUGUCGACACCAAUAGUCCGACAGCGUCGACAAAAAACAUCCAAGGAGGAGCGCGUGUGCUCAAUAUGUUUUCAGACAUUCAAGAAAGCAGAGCAUCUAGCCAGGCAUUUCCGGUCUCACACCAAAGAAAAGCCGUUUCGAUGUAAUGUCUGCGAGCGACAGUAUACUAGGCACGACACGCUGCUACGUCAUUCGAGAUCACAUGGUCAAUACUUAUCCGGCGAGAAUGUGAUUAUCCGGGAUGCAUCAAAAGCUAUUACGCUGCCGAUGGAGAUCUCGGAUAUCUUUCCUCAUACUCCAGAUACAUCGAUAGCAGUUAACAGCACCUCUCUCUCUCGUCCCUUGGAGACACCUACCAGUACACUGUUCUCUACUGAGAGCCAAGAAUGUGCUAUGAAUCAAGCAGAUGAGAUACAACCCUCUGCUUGGCCCUCCGACAUGGAUACAGGGUGGGCGUCUUGGUUGACUGAUGAAGAUUUCGACUUGGAUGCCAUCAAUCUCUCUUUGUUGCAGGCAUCAGACAAUACAGUACAGACUGUAAACGAUGUCAUGGAUCAAAGCUUUGCGGAUUUUGCCAUUGGCCACCUUGAUGAAAGCCAGUCAGAUCUGCAGCCGUCUGUUCAACGCACAUGGCACACUUAUACUGCCCUGGAACCCUCUGGGUAUAAAACACCGCCUUCUUCACAAAGGCCGCUCCCAAUAAACGACGCAUAUCACAAACGACUUGCAGAAAAUUUACGGCAGAAUGUACAGCACGGUAUUCUACCUUCUACAUCAUUCUUGAAUCUUUGUAUGCAGGCAUACUUUGCUCAUUUCCACCCUGUAUUUCCGAUUAUACAUGCCUCUUCAUUUCAUCCAUCAACUCGCAACUCUGUUCUUCUUCUUUCCAUCUGCUCCAUAGGCAGUCUUUUUCUGGGUUCACCACGUGCUAUUGCGCAAGGAACCAGCAUGUUUGAGAGAUUAAACAAGGCAAUAUUGGCUUCUUGGGACCGAUAUGUUUCGAAGCAGGACUCGUCUUGCAUGACAGUACUACAGGCAUCGAUGAUCGGUCAAACAUUUGGCUUUCUCAUGGGGUGGGCUCGAAUGGCAAAGAUGUUCCAAGAAGAAACGCUGGAAGAAGAUAACAAUCUUAUCAAUAUUCACGGUGAGGAGGAUCUUCAGGCGGCUUGGAAAGCAUGGGUAUCUGCUGAAGAGAGAAAACGGUUCGUCUUGAGCAUAUAUCUACUUGAUGCUGAGCUAGCGAAACUACGCCAUCACGAACCAGCACUUCGGCAUUUUGCCAAAGAACUGCCACAGGCAGCGUCAAGCAAACUUUUUGCAGCGUCUACUGCUGAGCAGUGGAAAGGUCUAAUGCUGGAAUCACAAAUUACAGAGCUCACCUCAUCCACCAGCACUCCAAAAGGACUAUGUGUCGGUCGAAAUAGAGUAAGGCGUGCUGAAGAAAUCACAGACUUUGAGCGCUCUGUUAAUUUAGAUUCGAUCGCCGCUCUCGCAUACGAGCGGCGUGAUCCGGAAAAUGCAGAGCGCUGCGAGCGUCUUCUCGUCAGCUGGUAUGAGCAAAACCAAAGACAGCUUCGGCAAAACAAGCACAGCAGGGCUAGCCUUUUGAUGCUCUGGCACUCUGUCUUCCUGGUCAUACACGCAGACUUGGAAGCACUCGAGCGCGCCUGUGGACGAGAUGGCGACAAUGUCUCAUGGAAGGCCACUCAGUAUGCUCAAGAAUGGGCCAAUUCAACGGAUGGAGUGCGCUGUAUACUGCAUGCGAUACAGAUACAAGCUCUCUUUCAAGCCAUCCUCGUGGGUACCGAGCCUUUUAUUCAUGUCCCCAUGUGUCUGUACCACUGUGGGCUUGUGUGGUUCUGUUUCUCCAGAUUUGUCCAAAGGGGACAGGCAAGGAGACUGGGUGAUAGUUUCCAAUUCCCGGAGAUGGCCUUGGUGGGCAUUGAUCGUAGUGACGACGAUGUGAGGAACACGGUGCUGGAAUACAGCGGUGGUCUGCAGGCAGGGCGAGCUGGUCUCAGCAGAGUCUUCAUAGUUAUCGAUCUUUUGCAGCGCAUUGUCCAUUGGAAGAUCGCGCAGAGCUUUGCGACGACUUUGCUCACAUUGGUAGAAUCAGAGCAGGGCAUCUUCUGA